AUGUCACUAGCAUGCUCUGGCUUAAUGUUUAGCUCAGGCAAACUGAAAACCAGAGACGAACAGGAAAAAGGUGAAACGGAAAGCUGUGGCAUGCUGGUGAGUGGUUCUGACACAGAGAUGGAAUCUAAAACUCUGUUUCCAAGGAGGGGGCACUCAAAAAAUCCUGGUGUUGAUGUGGAGGCCUCUGGUUAUCUUAAUGACCAAGUCACACUCUCACCCCUCUCUCCCCUUGCUCGUCUCUAUAUCUAUGCCCUGCAUGGGUGUGUGUGUGAGGUGGCAUUUACUGCUGCCUGGAAUUGGUAUUACACUCGUGACCAGAGGCUUCCUGGCUACACCAGCUUGUGGUCGCUCCUCAUCUAUAGCUUGGCUAUCUUCUUCAUGGAGGGCUUGAGUGCAUGGCUACAGCAGAGACACUUCCUCUUACUGCUCCGGUUGACUGUUUACACCCUGUUCAUAUACCUGUGGGAGUUCAGUUGGGGGGUCAUGCUCAGGCUGUUGGAGGCGUGUCCAUGGGACUACUCACAUUUUAAAUAUAAUCUCAUGGGACUCGUGACCUUGGAGUAUGCUGUGCCUUGGGCAAUGGCUGCCCUCCUAGCAGAGAAACAUGUUAUUAGGAACACACUGAAGAUACGACUGAAUGAUUAAUUAAUGUUAAUAUUAUAAGCCAUUAUAAUGUUAAUAAAUCUAGAGCAAAGUAGUUUUUUUAUUGUUAAAACUAUCACAGCAAUGAAAUAUGUUCUGUUUACAUCAAAAUCUGUGCAGUUCAUCACUUUAGUACAGUCAAAAGGCAAUGAACACUACUACAGUUCAUAUCUCAGUCAGAGAAAAUAGAAAAAACAUUAUAAACAUUAUGAAAUAAACCUGUCUAUCAUA